UAUAUAAGCUUCGCUUCGUCUUUCGCUUGUUCAUCUCUCACAGUCUCUCUCUCUGCGCGUUACUCUGUUUCUCUCUCUAAAACCCUAGAUCUGUCUCUCUCCUCUUCGAUUAGCCAUGUCGGAAACAGAGACGUUCGCUUUCCAGGCUGAGAUCAACCAGCUUCUCAGUCUCAUCAUCAACACCUUCUACAGCAACAAGGAGAUCUUUCUCCGUGAGCUCAUCAGCAAUGCGUCCGACGCUCUGGACAAGAUCCGUUUCGAGAGUUUGACUGACAAGAGCAAGCUCGAUGCUCAGCCAGAGCUCUUCAUUCACAUUGUGCCCGACAAGACCAACAACACACUGUCGAUCAUUGACAGCGGUAUCGGCAUGACCAAGGCUGACUUGGUGAACAACCUCGGUACCAUUGCAAGGUCCGGGACCAAGGAGUUCAUGGAGGCUCUGGCCGCUGGUGCUGAUGUGAGCAUGAUUGGACAAUUCGGUGUUGGUUUCUACUCUGCUUACCUUGUUGCUGAGAAGGUCAUUGUUACCACAAAGCACAAUGACGACGAGCAGUACGUGUGGGAGUCUCAAGCUGGUGGUUCUUUCACCGUCACCAGAGACACUUCUGGUGAGAUCCUUGGCAGGGGUACUAAGAUCACUCUGCACCUCAAGGAGGACCAGCUUGAGUACCUGGAGGAGCGCCGUUUGAAGGAUUUGGUUAAGAAGCACUCUGAGUUCAUCAGCUAUCCUAUUUCUCUCUGGGUUGAGAAGACCACCGAGAAGGAGAUCUCUGAUGAUGAGGAUGAGGAAGAGAAGAAGGACGAGGAAGGAAAGGUUGAGGAUGUUGACGAAGAGAAAGAAAAGGAAGAAAAGAAAAAGAAGAAAAUUAAGGAGGUUUCCCAUGAGUGGUCCUUGGUUAACAAGCAAAAGCCCAUCUGGAUGAGGAAGCCUGAGGAGAUCACAAAAGAAGAGUAUGCUGCUUUCUACAAGAGUCUCACAAAUGACUGGGAAGAGCAUCUUGCUGUGAAGCACUUCUCAGUUGAGGGUCAACUGGAAUUCAAGGCUAUCCUAUUUGUCCCUAAGCGGGCUCCAUUUGAUCUCUUCGACACCAGGAAGAAGCCCAACAACAUCAAGCUGUACGUUCGCAGAGUCUUCAUCAUGGACAACUGUGAGGAGUUGAUGCCCGAGUACCUUAGCUUUGUCAAGGGUAUUGUUGACUCCGAGGAUCUUCCCCUCAACAUUUCAAGAGAAAUGCUGCAGCAGAACAAGAUCUUGAAGGUUAUCCGCAAGAACUUGGUCAAGAAGUGCAUUGAGCUCUUCUUUGAGGUUGCUGAGAACAAGGAAGACUACAACAAGUUCUACGAGUCUUUCUCUAAGAACCUGAAACUUGGCAUCCACGAGGACUCCACAAACAAGAACAAGCUUGCUGAGUUGCUGCGAUACCACUCUACCAAGAGUGGUGAUGAGCUGACUAGCCUGAAGGACUACGUGACCAGGAUGAAGGAGGGCCAGACUGACAUUUACUACAUUACUGGUGAGAGCAAGAAGGCUGUUGAGAACUCCCCAUUCCUCGAGAAGCUGAAGAAGAAGGGUUACGAGGUUCUUUUCAUGGUUGACGCCAUUGAUGAGUAUGCUGUUGGCCAGCUGAAGGAAUUCGAAGGGAAGAAGCUUGUCUCUGCUACCAAGGAAGGUCUGAAACUCGAGGAGAGUGAGGAUGAGAAGCAGACGAAGGAAGCCCAGAAGGAGAAGUUCGAGGGGCUUUGCAAGGUCAUCAAGGAUGUCCUGGGUGACAAGGUUGAGAAGGUUGUGGUGUCUGACCGCGUGGUUGAUUCUCCUUGCUGUUUGGUGACUGGAGAAUAUGGCUGGACUGCCAACAUGGAGAGGAUCAUGAAGGCUCAGGCGUUGAGGGACAGCAGCAUGGCUGGCUACAUGUCGAGCAAGAAGACCAUGGAGAUCAACCCCGAGAACCCCAUCAUGGAGGAGCUGAGGAAGAGGGCUGAUGCUGACAAGAACGACAAGUCAGUGAAGGACCUUGUCCUCCUGCUCUUUGAGACUGCUCUCCUCACUUCUGGCUUCAGCCUCGACGACCCCAACACCUUCGGCAACAGAAUUCACAGGAUGCUUAAGCUCGGGUUGAGCAUUGACGAGGAUGCUGUUGAAGGCGAUGCUGACAUGCCCCCGCUAGAGGAUGCUGAUGCCGAGGCUGAGGGCAGCAAGAUGGAGGAAGUCGACUAAGCAUAUUCUUCUCUUAACCGUUUAUCUUAAAGUUUUCGUUACAAGUAGUGUUUUAUCUUUUGUUUUUUUUUUUUUUGUUUUUUUUUUUUAAACCACCUUAGGCGGUGUAUUUUGGAGGAUUGUUUUGGACAAGUUAUAUCAUGGUUUUUCUUUCUGCGAUAUUAAGCUACAUUUUCCCAAA